AUGCAUCUCAAUCUCUCACUCGUCGCUCUACUCGGUCAUCUUACGGCCCAUCUUACACUUGUCAAUGGUGCAAGCGUCGACCCUAUCCCUUACUUUGCUUUCUCAGAUAUUGGUACCUUCAAUCUAUCCAGCCUGAAUGCCUCCGAUGCGCGGAAUUCGGCCAUUCUUACUCGUCAGGAGGCUGAGCUUUUGCCCAAUCGAACCAGGCAGCUUCGACACGGCUCAUACCCUCGCAAGUUGGCCAAAGGGAAAGAAAUUCACUUCACCACUAAGGCCAAUGGUACUCAGCACGAUAUUACUUCCUUUCUACAUCACUUUCGUAUAUCUGGAGUCAUGAUUUCUUGCACAAAGUCUUUCAUCACUACCUCCUUCGGUAUCGCAAUCGCCCAGAAGAAGAUUUCUCUUGAUGAUCCCGUUUCGAAAUGGGUCCCCGAACUUGCCAAGUCUCCACGGGGGCAGGUCCACCUUCAACAGCUGAUUGACAUGACAUCUGGCGUUGUCGAGCCCAACUCUACCCAUAACCCAGACUUGUUUAACGACAUAUACCCGCGUACAAGUCCCGAUGCUGUCAUCAAGUGGUUCAAGACAUUCGACAAGAUGGCUGAACCUGGCAAGGUGUUCAACUACUACAACCCCAACUAUUAUGUUGCUUCGCUUUCGCUCACUCGAGCCAUUGGGGAGCCUUUACAGGAUUAG